CCCAAUAAAGCUACUCGUCCCGCGGCUUGAACCGGUACGAAGAAGCUAAGCUCAUCAACUAACUCAAGCUCGUGCCCGAAUUUCGACAUGUCUACCCCAUCAUCAGACCCUCACCCCAUCCCCCUAACAGAAUCUGAAGUCCUCAUCCGCGGCUGGCUCGCCGCAAAUCCUGCGCUAGGCUCGUCGUUGGGGCCCGUCGCAACCAUGACGGACAGAUAUACAAAUCAGGAGUGGAAGAGCCAGAUCGACGAGACGGUGAAAAAUGUAAUGAAAGAGGUGAAUAGUGGAGAGAGGGCGAGAAAACUGUAUGAGGGCCCGCGGAUGAGAAAUGGAGAGGAAGCGUUGAAAGAGUUGGCCAAGACAGUCGAUCAUACCGUGUUGAAAUUGGAUGCGACGAGUACGCAGAUUGAUACGCUGUGCAGUGAGGCCAGGAUAGAGGGAUUCAAAUCCGUAUGCGUCCGCCUGAACUGGGUCCAACGCUGCGUCGCCGACCUCAGGGGUACCGACAUCCGCGUGGCCUGCGUUGUAGGCUUCCACGAAGGCACCCAAGAUCUACACUCCAAGCUCCAUGAAGCCCGUGCUGCCGUGGCAGCCGGCGCAUCCGAGCUAGAUGUCGUGCUCAACCACUCCAUUCUAACGCGGCACAACAAAGCCAGCCUCGUUCCCGACCGAGUGCUCAGCUCCAAGGAUUCAGCAAUUGACAGCAUCACAGCGGCCAACACGUUUAGGAACACGGGUAGUAGAGAUGGCGAGGAGGACGAGAUUCCAGACUACAGUGCCAUCUUCACCGAGCUUGCGUCUAUACGCUCGCUCUGUCCCAGUCCUGUCACUUUGAAGUUGAUCCUGGAGACAUCGCAGUUGAAUACGCAGCAAAUUUUAGCCGCAAGCCAUCUCGCUGCCGCCGCUUCUUUCGAUUUUAUCAAAACUUCCACUGGUUUCAACGGCCCUGGCGCCACGCUGCCGCAUGUGCAACUCAUGGUAGCCGCAGCCGAGUCUCUAGCUUCUCGAGGCGUGGGAAGAAGGAAGAUGGAGGUAAAAGCAAGUGGAGGAGUGAGGGACUUGGAAACGGCGGUCAAGAUGCUCGAGGCGGGGGCGACGCGCCUAGGAACGAGUAGUGGGUUGUGGAUAAUGCAAGAAGCGAGGCAGAAGGUGGGCGAGGAAAGAGGGAAACAAGAGAGCGAGGGUAGGCCGGGAGGGGGGAUUACUAGACUAUAUACUGAUGAUUCUUCGUACUAA